ACGACAAUUCAACUAAGUGGCUCGCCACUUAGCUUGAAUAUUUGUGUUGCUCCUUCUAGUUAAUUUUUUAAACACAUUUUUAAAUGGUAGCAUCAGGUGUUGGCAACUAUGUUAGGGGGAACAGUUUGCUUUGAAAUAAACACAGCAGGAAAUCAGCCACAUGGUGUUUUUCUUUCUUUAAAGACAUCCUUGAGGCAUCUAUAGGAAAGCUGUGCUGUCUUGAGUUACUUUACAGAUUUAAUCCCCCUAGUGUCUACUAAUGGUCAGUAUCAUGCCUUGUUCUUCAAGUGGACCCUGUUGCCUUCCCUUCUGCCUGAAGUUGCGUUUUCCUGAAGCAGUAAUUCUGUGGCUUUUUGUAGCAGUCCCGCUUGAGUUGGGGGUGGAGUCUGUUAGUUCUGUUUCUCUCUGCUAAAGUGUGAGCUUUCAGAGCUCAGUAAAGAAUGCCAUCUGUAGGAUUCUCUUCUGCCUUCCUGGCAGCCUUGAAAACCGAGUCUCUUCUGCUGAUGUUUUCAGUGAUGGGCAAGCAAGAAGCGAAACCCUGGCCUGAAAAUUCCAAAGGAAGCAUUCGAAGUCCCGGAGACAAGUUCCACGCCACCUCGAGAUUUAGAUUCCAAAGCUUGCAUUUCGAUCGGAAACCAGAACUUCGAGGUAAAGGCGGAUGAUCUGGAACCUAUAGUGGAACUGGGCCGAGGUGCAUACGGCGUCGUGGAGAAGAUGCGACACGUGCCCAGUGGGCAGAUAAUGGCAGUGAAGCGGAUCCGGGCCACAGUAAAUAGCCAGGAACAGAAAAGGCUACUAAUGGAUUUGGAUAUUUCCAUGAGGACAGUUGAUUGUCUUUUUACAGUCACCUUUUAUGGUGCACUCUUUCGGGAGGGUGAUGUUUGGAUCUGCAUGGAGAUCAUGGACACGUCUCUAGAUAAAUUCUACAAGCAAGUGAUCGAUAAAGGCCAAACUAUUCCAGAAGACAUUUUAGGGAAAAUAGCAGUCUCGAUUGUAAAAGCGUUAGAACAUUUACAUAGUAAGCUCUCUGUCAUUCAUCGAGAUGUUAAGCCUUCCAAUGUGCUGAUCAAUACUCUGGGCCAAGUGAAGAUGUGUGAUUUUGGUAUCAGUGGCUACCUGGUAGAUUCUGUUGCUAAAACAAUCGAUGCAGGAUGUAAACCGUACAUGGCACCUGAAAGAAUAAACCCGGAGCUCAACCAGAAAGGAUACAGUGUAAAGUCUGACAUUUGGAGCCUGGGCAUCACAAUGAUUGAGUUGGCUAUCCUUCGGUUUCCUUAUGAUUCAUGGGGGACUCCUUUCCAGCAGCUUAAACAAGUUGUAGAGGAGCCAUCACCACAACUCCCAGCAGACAAGUUCUCCGAAGAGUUUGUUGACUUUACCUCAAAGUGCUUGAAGAAGAAUUCCAAAGAACGGCCAACAUAUCCAGAGCUUAUGUUUCCAUCACCAGAGUUCCAUGUCCCAUCCCCACCAUUGGAAACUUCCCUAUUCUUCAUCCCUCUGGGAGUCUGGACCAAAAAUCUUUAAGGGGCGCAGAAGCAACAUCCAUUUUUCACUCUACACGAAUCCAAAGCAACAGAUGUGGCAUCCUUUGUAAAACUAAUUCUUGGCGAUUAAUCACAAAGGACUCAGUCGGUUGAACCCUCCUGUGGAUUGGUGGGUUAUGGAAUGAAACAAGUUCACUAAAGCGCCAAUAGAAACUCAUCUUUGAGAUAAUUUAACCCUGCCUCUCAGAAGGGUUCCCCCCCCCAUUUUUUUUCUUCCCUGUCAAGAAAAGGGAGGCCUUGGAAUCUAUAGUAUAGAAUGAACUGUCUACUUGGAUAAAAUAUGAUAAAGACUUAGGGCUUCAAAAGGUGAUUAAAUAUUUAAUGUUGUAUCAUAUGAGUCCU